UCCCGAAAAAAAGUUGCUAAAUCUCCUCCAAGAUGCGAAUCCGAGGAUUGGUUAAAGAGUAUAUGCUUAACUCCACCUUGCAUGGCGCGAAAUUCAUUGCGGAUGACGACAACAGUCCAGCUGAGCGAAUAUUUUGGUUAAUAUGUGUCGUUGCUUCGUGGAUUGCUUCCGGGAUGCUUAUUUCUGCUUCUCUUGAUGCUUUUCGUAACAAUGCAAUUAGUUUCGUCGUUGAAUCUUCGUAUCGCGACUGGAAAACUAAUUUUCCGGCAAUUGUUGUUUGUGAGUCGAAAAACAUGGACAGAAUUCAGGAAAUUGCUGAAGAACUUUGGGGUGUUGACCAUGACUUCUCCCUGGAAGAAGUUCUCAGUGAAAUCGCAUAUUUCCGUGGCGAGUCAUACCACACUGUCCACGAAUGCGGUGGAAAUGAUCCGGCCGAAAACUGCAUCCAGGGAAAUUUCUCUCAGUUUGCAAAAAUGGUUAGAAGUGAAUGCAAGGACACCAUUAGUGAAUGUUUUUGGAACGACAAACCAUUUGAUUGCUGUAAAUACUUCCAAAUAAUGGAAACUGAGUUGGGUAUUUGUUAUGCAUUGAACUCAAUUCAGGCAAAGAACGGCAAUGGUCCGAAAUUCAACAUGUACUCAGACAAGUACACGGGACCAGCUUCUUUGAGGAUGGAAAUUUUAACAGAAGCUCAUAUCUACACUUUGGGAGAAGAGGAUGUCCCAAAUCUCGUUACACCAAAGUCAGAUAUUCUUUCUGUUGGCCCCUAUGUAGCUUAUACGCGACUUAUUUCCAUAAAAAACAUCGAAAACGAUGAGGGUACCCGCGAAGUGAGCAUCGCCCAAAGGAAUUGUCGCUUCAGUGAUGAGAACGAUCUGGACGUGCAUCGCUACUACAGCUACAGCGCCUGCUCCGUGCAGUGCCGCAAGGACAAGCAAAUGGCCAUGUGCGGUUGCAUAAGUCAUCUGAUCCCCAAUACUCCGGAGUCAAUCCACUGCAAUAUGACCGGCCUUCAAUGCCUCAACGACCACUACGAAGACCUCUCCGUGGUGGUGGCAAGCUGGUCGCAUGCCAAUGGACGCAAAGGCCUCGUCUGCGAUUGCUUACCAUCUUGUACUGAAGUGGACAUUUCCGUGGUCCACGACAUCCGAGACAACAUUUACGGGCACCAGCGACCUAUCUCGAAAGUUGAAAUCGGACUUGUUGCAUUACCAACGGAACGGUACAAGAGAAAUGUCGUGCGUGGGAAACUGGAUUUGGUUGUGUCCAUGGGAGGAACAACCGGGCUAUUUGUUGGUGCCAGUCUUCUAAGCUUCGUUGAGAUUCUUUAUUAUUUUACUAUUCGCCCAUACGGAACCAUGUUCGCCACUAAACAAGAUGAAGAAAGUGAAAAGACAGCCGGUAACGAUGACGACACCAACGACAAUAAUAACACUGACCAGCAUCAACAGCCCACAACUGGUCUACGCUAUUGAAUGCCGCACCAAAGCUGGCAAGCGGAAAACUUGUCGCAAUCCCGUACAAUUUUCAUAAAAGCCGAUGUGGUACUAAAGUUAUCUGAUAUAUUAUCGUCAUUUCUUGAUGUAAUAGUCACAUAGCAUAACUCCUAAACACCCAAACAAAUGCCAUGGAAUCCACGAAUUCCAUGGCUUCUUCACUUCCCCAGAGAUAUUUGUGCAGAGUUACGUGAAUAGUAGUAGUUGAACAUUGGAUGACGUUCUCAAGAUUUCAGAUAGUUGUAGCUGACCAAUUGUAUCGUAGUUGCUUCUAACCAGUAGUUAGGGUUCCACUUCCUAAGGCUUCAGAUUAAUAUUUCCAAAUUUGAAUACGUUAUUGCCUGAUCAGGUGACUCAGCAAAAACUCCUGAAGGUACUGGUCUGAGACGACUAAUCAUCCGGAUGCUAGCCACACAUAAUCAAGACUUCAUUGUCUAUCGACAAAUUGGAAGACGUUGCAACUGCUUGGAAAUGUAUUAAAAUAUUCAACCUUGACUUGCACUAAUUACACAGCAGCCAUGCCAGCUUUUUUCACAGACCAAAACUACAGCAAAAGAUGCGGAAAGAAUGACCGAGUUCAAAUUGGGAUUUCCCUAAUCAUAACGAGACCUUCAACUGGGUAACUAGUGCAAAGAGUGUAACCUA